GGGCAUAUUUGUUCCACGCCGUUGUGAAAUCAUGUGUGAAAUAACAGCACUGUCAACGAGUGUGCUGUCAGUCGGUAAAUAUUUAGUCUGAUGGUAUGUUAGUAGUAGAUCAAAAUGUCAGAAACCAUAGAAAUCCCGGAAAACGGUGUGAAGAAUAAUGGAUAUAUUUCAGACAAUGGGGAACAUAAGCAGAAUUCGCUUCCCAGAGAACGAAAAGUGUCUUACCAAGAAGAGACCGGAAAUGACGCAGCUAAGGGCGACAACAAAGUGGAUUUACAAACUGAAAGUUUUGAUCGCCUACUGUACAAAACCAGCGAAACCCCGCCAAUUCAUCUGCUUCUACUUUUCGCAUUUCAGCAACUCCUGAUGUCGAUCUCGGGCACGCUAGCUGUUGUGCUGAUCGCCUCUAAGGUGAUCUGUGCAGUAGAUGACGAGGAAUUCGUGGCCUACAUACUAAGUUCCUCUCUCUUUAUGAAUGGAGUCUGCACAAUUCUAAUGAACACUGUCGGAGUCAGAUUGCCUCUUUAUCAAGGGGCCUACGGCGGGUAUAUUCUGCCUCUGUUGACUCUACUAGAGAUCGACCCUAAUAAGUGUAAAGUGAAAACUCAUCUUCAAGGCUUAAAUUCCACAAACGCUUCAUCAGAGAUAACAGUCAGCGAGGCUUCAGAAUUACGGGGAGUUAUAUUAACAAAUAUGAGAGAGCUACAGGGGUGUCUGAUGCUGGUGGGGGUGGUCCACAUGUUGAUGGGGGCCACGGGACUGAUCGGGGUCCUCCUCCGAUUUAUCGGUCCCGUGACUGUGGUACCCACCAUCCUACUGCUCGGGAUAACCGUCGUGGGCCCCAUCCUGGACUUCUGUGUACCCAACUGGGGGAUUGCAGCUCUAGUAACCGUCACCGGCUUUGUGUUGGCUUUCUAUCUAGCCAAGUAUAACAUGCCUGUAGCGGUCUGGACGCCCAAGGGCGGAUGUCGAGUUGUUAAGUACCCGUUACAUCAAGUGUUUGCUAUCCUGAUUUCUAUCGUGGUGGGCUGGGUGGUCAGUUGGAUCGUCACAGAAGCUGGUGGUUUUACGGACGAUAAAGCAGAUAAAGGUUACAAUGCCCGCACGGACGCUCGUCUGGAAGGAAUCGCGGCGGCAGACUGGUUCUUUUUCCCCUAUCCAGGUCUCCAUGGACCCAUUUCCUAUUCGACUCCAGUUUUCCUAGGAUUUUUAAUAGCGACCUUUCUAUCUAUCUUGGAUUCGAUUGGAGAUUACUACGCAUGCGCAUCUAUGAGUCACGUGCCGCCUCCACCGCAGCACGCGGUUAAUAGAGGCAUUAUGAUAGAGGGGUUAGGAACUAUUCUGUCUGGAGCUGUUGGAGCAACGCAAGCCACGACAACUUAUGGUGGUAACAUAGGAUCAAUAGGAGUUACACGGGUUGCCAGUACUAGUGUUUUUGUCGGGUGUGGUAUUCUCUAUAUUAUCUUCGGUCUGUUCGGGAAGUUGUCUGCCGUGUUCAUUUCGAUCCCGUACCCAGUUCUCGGUGGCUCCUUAAUCACUAUGAUCGGAAUGUUUAUUGGGGUCACGCUUUCUAACCUCAGACCAAUUUCUCUGACGUCAUCUAGAAAUUUAGCUAUCAUUGGAACCUCUAUAUUAAUGGGUCUUCUAAUUCCAGAAUGGGUUAAGAAGUACGGCAGUGAUCUCGAUACAG